CAAAAGCUCCCUCCUCCUGUGGAGAUGGUUUCGUUGACCCAUGUACCAAUUUGUUGGCGUCAUCUUCACAAUCGUGAUCGCGUUGUCAUGUGUGUUGGGUGGGUGAGAUCGACACACCCGGAGGGGAGGAAUCCGCUUAUGCUGGACGACUUUUACGAGCAUCAGUCAAAGCGCUUGUUGGAGAGGCUUCUUCAAGCCCCCAGUCUAGGUUAUUCGUCACAUCUAGCCCUUCAAGAGUUCGUUAAUCAGACGUUUCCAUCCACCAACUGUGAUUUCAACAAGUUCUGUGUUAUGCAUUAUCAUGGGAAAGAGGAGUAUCAGUUCCAGAGCAUUCUUCACAAGCUAACGCCCAAUCAAAAUCGGGAGUUGUCGGACUUGCUCCAAAGCUCUACAAUCCAAAUUCUGAAAGAAUUUUUUUCCCAAAACGAAGUCAAAUAUACAGAGAGUUUGGCUGAAGAUAUCCUCCAGGUCAACGGUGGUAACGUCUCCAUCAGUUUGAUAAGUGUUUUGGACGAUGGACGCUCAAGUGCGGUCAACUGUCAACCACAGAACAUAACUCUGCCGCAUCUAUCACCAACUCUGUCAGGCCAAUUCACCUCGCAUCGGUACCUACAAGUGUUUCAAGAAUCCGGUUUAUUAAACUUCACUGCUGCUAAUGGUGCAGCCUCUGAAUUGGUGGUUGUUAAAGCAGACGAGUUCUUGCGAAGUUUUGCGAUGUUGGAUUGCCUUCCAUCCAAUGCACAGAGAAGUUUAACUGCUUUGGCAAGCCAGCUCAUGAAGACGGGCAAGAGAUCAUGUGGAACCCACUUGUGGCACGGUCCGGCCAUGAAACCACCGAAUUCGGCGUAUUUUAACGACAAAAUAGUAAAAAUCGUGGAUUACUGUGGCUUGCUGAGUGACCUCUACUUCGUAUCUCGGGACUGGGUCCUCCUCUCCAACACAGCUUUGAGGCAACUUAAACUAGAACUGCUCAAACGCUCCAUCUCCUCGCGUCGUAUUCAACGCUGGUGGCGUCGCCAACACCAACGAAGACUUGCUCUUAUGGAUAUUUCAAACUUCUUUAUCCAUCCGCCCUCGACUACAACCAAUGCUAUCACUGCCUCUGGUGUUAACAACAAUUUCAGCCCCUUGGGAGUCGUUGACAGGGAGUUCCUACUUCCACACGGUGCUGAUGCAGCUCCAGCCUAUGUCGUGACCAAUUCAGUCGUCUCUAAUAUCAUGAUGCCACAAAGUUACGAGAUUCCACAAAUCCCAUGCCAAGUGCAGCAGCAACAAAAGAAAUCCAAGCGACCCCCACCCUCUGCUGGAAUCGCUUGGUUUGAGCCUCGCCAUCAGAGGCCUCCGGCCUAUCCUCCAGUGAGUCGUAAUGAACGCUUGGUGACGUUUGCUGAAAACCCAGCCACUCGGGUACUGGGUCGUCAGCAUUCCAUAUUUACAGCAUAUGAUUCGCCUGGAGUGAAUCUUAGACGCAGUAACAGCGCUCGAUCAGUGGAUAACCACCAAAUCACCUUUGUAUCAUCACCAGUGGAGUCUAACGAGGGACGUCCGUUGACCCGCUCCAACAGCACCAAUGUGGGUAACGUAGGUCGAGAGGGUCAGGGUGGUGUUCAACGACGGAUUCGGCGGAAGGCGAGUGAUUUGCCUGAGCUAGGAGCUAGAAGACCUGUUUCUUGGCAUGUAGAUCAAAUGGAGGCUCAGGUAUCUGCUCACUUGGAAAAGCAAAGGCUCUUGAAUGGAGGGUAUUCGCCUGUCACUGGUCGACGUGGAUCAUCCGCUGUGAGAGUUGCUGACGAUCAGCGCUGUGAGCAUGGCCAGUCUCAGAACUCCUCUAAUGGAAUCGGCGGCGGCGUCUUUCAUUCCACUAGUUUGAAUCUCUCCUCCCUCCUUUCGAGGCCACCUUUGUCUGCGGAGGCUCAGCGCGAGGAGUACGCCCGUGUGCAGGCCGAAAUCACACGAGGCGAGUUCAGAUCCCAACGACAGGCGAAUUCCUCCCCUCUUGGACGAGGUGCCUGUUCGAAUCGUCUGGGAGUGAUGGACAGUCGACCCAACAACAUAGGGUCUGGAACUGUCCCUCCCUCUCACGGAUCGUACCCCGAUAUCCCAAUUUUGUCAUCUGACAAUUCUGUCCAUUCCCACCAACAACCCUAUGCCAUGGGUUCGAACAACGCCAGUAAUAGCAAAAGAGACACGGAGAGUGCCGUAGGUCGACUGUACGGCCUUCAACCCGGAAUUUCACGCCCUCCUUCCAACGUGUACCGAAGACGUCCUCAAACCACUCUUUUCGAUGGUCCUCUUACCCCAAACCUUCUACUCAUUAGUCCCCCUGUAAACCCCACUCAAUCUGUCGAAUCACCUCGAAAUCCACGUGUAGCAUUCGUGACGUCUUCUGCUGGAGGAAAGGUAGUAAUACCUGUUGGUGGACGAAAGUCCUCAGCGCCAUCGUUGCCAAAAUCCACUGCACCAUCAACCCGAGGUGGAAUUGUGGAACACCGAGGACUAAAAGCACCUGGAUGUCAACGGAACUACUGCUAUGAUUGA